AUGUCAUUGAACAAUGAAUCUAAUAAUAAUUUAUUAUCUUCAUUAUCGAAUGCAACUAAAAAAUUAACUGGAAUAAAUAGUUCAUUGUUCAAUAAUUACGAAGAAUUCAUAAAAUCACGCGACUUUUAUCCAUCUAUUACUUGGACUAAUAAUGCCAACAACCAUGAAAUGGGCUAUUCACAGUCAGAUUUAUAUACAAAUGAAUUAACUGAAGAAUCGAAUCCAGUUGCAAAAACAAAUCCAUUCCAUUCGAUGAAAGCUAUAAAUUGUGACAAAGAAUUAUUACCAAAUAACAACACUAUUGGGAAUGCAUUAGACUAUUCUAUAAAUUCUUUAAUAAGCGAUCAAAAGAAUUCAGCAUUAUCAAUGAUUAAAUCAUCUUCUGUAACUCAUUCGAAUUAUGCUCAGAACUCAUGCGAGUAUUUAAACAAAAAUAACUUAAUCAACAAUUUCCUAUCGACUUGUUCAAUUGAACAAACUUUAAAUUCAAUGAAUAUACUUAAAAAUCCUAAAAUCAAUGGAGGAUGUGUAUUGAAACGUAAAUAUUCUAAAAAUCAUUCUAAUCUAUCUGAAAAACAUUCAAAAUAUAUGAAAGUUGAUCAUGAUCACAGUCACCCGCUUGAUCCAUUAAACACCAAUGCAGAUUUUGAAAAGUACAACCACGAUGUCAUGGAUACUGUAAAAUCAAACAAAACUGUUCGAUCAAAUGAUCAACAGAUUUUAUUGAAUCAUAACUCUAAUGAAGUUAAUGUUAGUAAUAAUGAUGAUGGCAAUAACAAUGAUACAAAGGUGACAUCAAUUUCCACUGGAGCUUAUAAAUAUUUAACUUGGCGUGAAAAAGAUCGUAGACGAAGAUUUCGUGAAGAAUGGAAACAUUUAUGGCUUGUUAUACCGUAUGGACGUUAUGAGGUUAUGUGUCUUGUAUGUCACAAAGUUAUGACCCAAAGGAAAUUAGAUACAAUUAAACGUCAUAAUGUACGACGACACAUAGAAUUACAAGGAAUGUCACAUUCAGAGAGACAGAUACUAUUUGAUAAGUUAUUAAAACAACAGAAUAUACAAAAUGAAACAUCAUCUACAAGUACAUCAACUAUUUUAUCCAGUAAACCGACUAGAAAAUCAAAAAAUCAAUGCAAGUCUACCUCUGAUAACCAUUUGAAUAAUUCUUUCAGCAGUAAAGAUUCAAAUGAAAUGAUAUCCAGUGUCCCACAGAAUACAAAUAAGUGGACAACUAAACAAAUUUCCGAAAACAACGAAGUAACGAAUUCCGGCAUUAUAAAUCUUUCUUCAUCAAUAAAUUCAUCGCUUUCCAGUCGUAUACCACAUAAGAAAACGAAACGAUUGUUUAGUAAGCUAACUGAAAAUGUAUCUACAACCAAUGAAUUGUUAGAAAAUGCCACUAGCAAACGAAGCAAACGUUUAUCAAAGCAGAUACGAAAGCAAUCACAUUAUCCUUCAUCGAGUAUUCCGGAAAAUUUGAAUGACAAUUGUAAUUUGUCAGUAAACAGAAAUCCUAUACAAAAAUCAUCAAUUACAGGAUGGGAGAAUUCUUUCGGCUCUUUAGAUCAUUCCAUUUUAGAUAACAAAUUAAAAAUAACAUCUAAUCAACAGACAUUUGUCUCUGAUAAUUCAUUAUCAACUUCAGUAAUUCAACAAUCACCACUAGUUUCAACAACAUCAGACGCAUCAAAUUAUAGCUCUCUCACAUUCCCUUCUCAUUAUUCAUCUGUUCUACCUUUGAAUUAUGAUUUAGGAAAAUUGAAACAUUUCAUUAAGUCAUUAAUUCCAAUGUAUGAUAAGUCAUUUUCACAAUUAUCACCGACAAAAUUACAAUCACCAGUGGCAUGUCACACAGUGAAUACUUCGAAUAAAUUGACAACGCCUAGUUUAUGCACUGAACUGAAGUCUACUACUACUACUACUAGUUCAGACAACAACAUGCUUAAUAUUGAUUUAACAAAUUCCAUGCAUAAAGCAAAUCAAAAUAUACCAUUUGACAUUGAAAAACAUACUGUUAUCAAUGAAUAUAACAAAAUAAGAUCAGAUCAAUCUUCAGCAAUAAUAGGUGAUAAAGCAUUCAGUGGCAAAAAUUAUUUAUCAGAUAAUAGUAAUAAUAAUAAUGAUCAUAUGAGUAAGAGAAAAUCUCCACCAGACCAAUUCAAUCUUUCAAAUAUGGAUGAACAAUCAAAAUGCUUAAGGUCAUCAUCAUCACCAUCAUCCUCAUUUGCAGCAAAUAAUUCAAAUCCAAAUCUUACUGAAUUAUCUCCAUUCAUGCUGGCCUCUUUGAUUGCACCGAUUAUAAAUUCAUCAAAAGCUUCAAAUCCUAAAUUAUUUAAUGAACACUUUUCAAAUUUACCCGAAUUUAUCUGGAACAAUCAAUCAAACAGUCAUUCAAAUAAAUUAAUUGUAAAUAAACAAACAGAAACACUCAUCACGCCAAAAUGUUCAACAGAUCAACUUCAAAAUCAUUAUCUACAACCGACUCAAUCAACAGAUUUUAAAUUGCGAACAAAAUCCAAUUCAAAUUUAAACAAGUUUACUAUUUCAUCUUUGCUGAAUACAGAACUGUUUGAUCAAAAAACCCAAAGUCGAUCAGAUAGUAUGGAAAACAAUCAUAAUCAUCAUCAUCACACUAAUUCUUUUUUCAAAGUUAAUCAUAAGCAAGAAGUUGCAAAAUGUAUGCCUAACUCGGAAUGCCUUUCAUGA